AUGAGUGAUCAUAAGAUUCUGCUUGUGGGUCUGGUAUGUGUAGAUAUUGUGAAUGUCUGUCAGCAAUUCCCUGAAGAAGAUACUGAUACUGGAGUUCUUUACCAAGAAUGGAAAAGAGGUGGGAAUGCUGCCAACAAUGCAACCAUACUCUCAUUGCUUGGUGUAUCUUGUGAGUUUCUGGGAACAAUUGCUAACAGCUAUGAGAAAGAAUUUCUGCUGGAAGAUUUCUCUAAAUACAAUAUUGACAUCAGUAACUGCAUAUUCUAUGACAACCAUUCAACACCCUUGUCAAUUGCACGACGAGGGAAAGAAAAUGCAGUUGCAAUCCAACAAAUGCUUGAGAAAAUAGCUGAUCAUAAUCAGAAAAACAAUGCAAGCAACCAAAUUCUAACGUCUAUUGAACUGGAAAAGGCAGUGCCUGAAUUUUCCAUUCUUAUGAACUUGUCUGACUAUGUUAUUGUGGGCAAGGAUUAUUCACAAUAUCAUGGCUACAGCUCAAUGGAAGAGGCUAUUAUGGGAUUUGGACCAAAAUGUCGCCCUGGUUCUGCUCUGAUAUGUACGUGGGGUGCUCAAGGUGCAAUGUGUCGGCAUGGGGAUGGUACCACUCACAAAAGUCCUGCAGUUCCUCCAAACAAGCUUUUAGACACUCUUGGAGCUGGAGACACAUUUACUGCGGAUGCCAUUACCCUCAUGGUUGUAGCAUUAACAACUCAUAAAGGAUGUAGUGUAUUGCAGAAAACCAACUACAUUGGUGGCUCUUAG